GACAAUGUCAACGUGAUCGUCGUGAACUGGCGAGAAGGUGCCAAGCCUCCUGUGUACUUUCAGAGCGUCGCCAACACCAGAGUUGUGGGUACUCUUUUGGCCAAGCUUAUAAAGAGGCUGCAAACAGUGACGGGGGCCUCGUUUCAGAGCUUUCAUCUGAUUGGACACAGCCUAGGAGCGCACGUUGCUGGUUAUGCUGGGAUGACGAUUGAUAAAAUUGGUAGAAUCACAGGAAUGGAUCCAGCAGGUCCUAAUUUCAACGACUACGGAAACCAGGUUAUCUUGGAUGCAAGUGAUGCCAGCUUUGUAGACAUCAUACACACCAAUGCUAAACCUCUGCGCAACUUUGGGUAUGGGAUACGGAGGACUAUCGGUCACGUGGACUUUUUCCCUAAUGGCGGUGUUAAUCAACCCGGGUGCCCGGACACCACCAGGGGCAUCCUGCUCCUCCUCAACGGCAACACUGCAGAGGCAGUGACGACAUUGGCUUGUAGUCAUGAACGAGGAUUUGUUUAUUUCAUCGCAUCUAUAAACGGGACUAGUUUUGAGGCGUACCCUUGCGCCAGUAGGUCAGCCUAUGAGCGAGGUCUCUGCACAACGUGUGACAGCGGAUGUGCAUACAUGGGUUACCAUGCCGACGUAACCAACCCCAGGGGCACAUUCUACCUGUCAACAGGAUCCGACUGGAUACAAUAUCCUCAAAACACCUCAAUGGGCGUCCUUGCAGCCAUCGUUUGAACUCCCCGAUACUCUUUCAUUAAUUACUGUAUAUUUAGAAUUUCUAGAAUAAAGUUAAUAUUUUCCAGAAA